UGUUUCUUUUCCUCUCGCCCGGUGCAGCUUGGGUGCGGCUGCGCUGAAGGCGCGCGGGCCCCGCGGUGUCCUACGGAAAGUCCCGCGGGGCUGCCGGGCCGGCGGGGCUUUGUGCGAGCGGUUCCCUCCCACUCGCGGGCACGGCGCGAGCUGGGCUCGGCCAGGCUCCGGGAGGGGGGCUCGGCGGCGCAGCGGCUCCCAGAGGGCUGGGGAGCUCAGGCGCCGUGAGGCAGGCGUUCCCUCUGCUUUGCAGUUCGGCUUCUUUUGUCUUGAUGAGCGCGGACCAGAUGGAUUCAUUUUAAAAUCACAGUGGGGUCCUUUUGUUGUUGAACUGUUGAGCCCUGUUCUCAAAGAAUAAGAAAUAGUGAACUGAGAGCUUGAAUCUAAGAAAAAAUGUUUAUUUCUUUGUGGGAGUUCUUCUAUGGGCACUUCUUUCGAUUUUGGAUGAAAUGGCUCUUACGACAGAUGACUGGAAAAUGUGAAUUGCAGCGAAUUUUUGAUACCUAUGUAGGUGCACAAAGGACACACAGGAUAGAAAAUUCCUUGACAUACUCCAAGAAUAAGGUCUUACAGAAAGCGACACUUGUUGUUCAGAGUGAAGUGGACAGAUGUGUAGUAGACAUAAUGAAGGAAAAGAAUAUUAACCCCGAGAAGGAUGCCAGUUUUAAAAUCUGUAUGAAGGCAUGCUUACUACAGAUAUCUGGUUAUAAACAGCUCUAUUUGGAUGUAGAAAGUGUGAGAAAAAAACCAUAUGAUUCUGAUAACAUGCAACAUGAAAAGCUGCUUCUCAAGCUUUGGAAUCUUCUAAUGCCCACGAAAAAAUUGAAGGCUAGAAUCUCCAAGCAGUGGGCUGACAUUGGCUUCCAGGGUGAUGAUCCCAAAACAGACUUCAGAGGCAUGGGAAUACUUGGAUUAAUCAAUCUUGUGUAUUUCAGUGAAAAUUAUACCAGUGAAGCUCAUCAGAUUCUUUCGCGUUCAAAUCAUCCAAAGUUAGGGUAUUCUUAUGCAAUAGUUGGAAUCAAUCUUACAGAGAUGGCUUAUAGCUUGCUGAAGAGUGAAGCUUUGAAGUUUCACCUCUACAACUUUGUUCCUGGUAUACCAACAAUGGAACACUUUCACCAGUUUUAUUGUUAUCUUGUGUAUGAAUUUGACAAGUUUUGGUUUGAAGAAAAGCCAGAAAGUAUUAUGUAUUUCAACGUGUACAGAGAGAAGUUUCAUGAAAAGAUUAAAGGACUCUUACUGGAUUGUAAUGUAUCACUUACUUUAAAAAUAUGAAUCAUCCGUAGUAUCUUCUAUUUCUACCACAUUUUGCACACACAACAGAAUUUAUAUGUUGUAAUAGAAAUUAUCUGAUCAUUUACACUCCUUAUAUAUAAUUUCCUACAAAAAUGUUUCAGAAAUUCUAUUUAAGAAAGCUAGUAGACAAUCAGUGUAUGUUUACACUUGUUUAUACACUGUCCUCCAAAGGUACCUUAUCCUUCCAAAGAUCCCCUCUGUAGAGUCAUGUGAGCUACAGUUUGGAACUUGGGACUUAACCCAUUUAGUGUAAAACUACAAAUCAGGUAUUUUUAUUAACUUGAUUGAUUAAAAUGUGUAAAAACCAGUUUUCAUGUUUAUGUAUUGUAGCUAUCAAGCUGGUAUCUUUUCAGAGCUCCUAAGAUUUUUUGUUUUUUAGUCUGGAAAUGAUUGUUUUUUAAUUUUCUUUGCCUUAUUUUAUUUGUAGGUUAAUUAACAGAGAGAUUCGUUCUUCAUGGUUUUCUUUGUUUGCAUUUCAAUCACACGUCAUACCGUUGCCUCAUAGGAGCAAAAGGAGCAUAUAGAUAAGUCAGAGACAACGAAGAAUUAUGGCCUUUUCGGUUUCUCUGAUUAUGUCAUGUAAUAGGUAAUGAGGGAAUGACAGUAUUAGUGAUUAGCUUUUUUGUUUUUAAAUACCACACUGAAAUAUCACAGUGGAAUUUUAAAGCUUAAAGACAUUUUCUCAUCUUCAGUAUUUGCUUUUUAUCAGUUAGAGAGAAGAACUUGUAGUUAGUGCUUGGUAUGAGGGCCUUUCAUGAAGCUUCUCUAUGUAUGUUUAUGUAUGUUUAUGAAAAGAGAUGCAUUUGCUAAGAAAAUCUUGAUUAUACUCAAAGAACAGGUGCUAUUUCAAUAAAGCUGUCUUUGAGUUUUAACAAGAGAAGAACAAAGCUUUUAAACAUCUCAGUUAAACAUCGUUGGUUUAUUUUACUUACUGUUAAGUCUUGCUUCUCUUUGCUUUGACUCCACAGUGUUUCUAGAUAACGAUGUAUGGACUUCCUGGGUAUUCAUUGAGUUAACAGUCUGUGGGAUUCUAAAGUAGCCUAAGGAUGAUGACUGUGCUUUUUGUAUAGCUUUAUUCUCCGAAAAUCUCAGGAGAGCAGCAAGUGCUGUCAAGGAUUAUAUAGUGAUGAGAUUCUAACAGGAACGAUUUCUUCUCUGUGUGUUAUAGACAUUUGUACUCAUAGCAAAACUAAAAGUUUAAAGAUAGGUUCAUCUGAUUACCAGAUUCUCCCUAAAUCCUACAGAAAGCAGCCUAUUAAACACAUAAUUUAAUCUAAAACAUGAGGAUAGUUAGCACAGCUUUAAAAUGGUAUAUAUCAAGUGUUUAAGGACUGGCUUUUAUGUGAUAUAGCAAGACCUGAAACUUUCAAGUAUUUGUUUAUGUCUAUUGACAAACCUCUCUCUUUAAACUUGCCAAAGAGAAGAGUGGUUAAAAAAAAUAAACAAUUGGAAAAUAACAGAUGCAGUGUUGUCUAGCACAUACAUUAAAAGUGCAUGCAUUAAAAUUCUUUUCUCAACAAGAUAAAACUUAAAAAUUGGGCUCAUUUUAUUAUAAUAGUGGCAAAACGCUUUUCAGUAUUAUAGGAAUUUUAAAACUGGUUUCUUAUAGGAGACUUCUCAACCUUGGGAGUAUCUUAACUUCUUUAAAUGUUUUCUAUGCUUUAUCAUCCAGCCAGAGCUCUGUGAGAUAAGGAUCAGGUAUUAACCAUUAAAGUUCAUUUUAUCAAGGUGUUUACCAUUACAUGGAAAGCAAUUGUUAGUCUUUUAGUUUUAGAAAAUGUUUACCUUUAUAGUUUCAUCUUUUAACAGAUGAGGUCUUGAACUGAUUUAAACCUUUGUCUGUAUGCUUAAUAAAAGAAUGAUUCAAGUAUGGAAGAGGAAACUUUUCAAGUAAUUAAGUUUUUCCCCUUCUAGGGAGUAAAACAAACUUUUUAAUAAUGUUUUUAAAAUGUUAUUAGAAACUUUGUUCAAUAAUAUAUUAUUUAAGUCCACCUCUGUUUGUAUAAUGCAUUGUUCUGUUUUUGCUUAAAAUAAUCUGUAACCAUUUCAGAUAAUUCUGUAGCAAAUUGGUCUAAAAGCCACCAACAGAUUCUGAGGUUUGCUAGUUUGAAAGCCAAGCUAAGUGUCAUCAGUUGUAAAUUAGAAUGUAACAUGAGCCUUCUGACUUUCAUGUGAUAAUGACAUACAUGAAAAGAAAAAUAUGAUAAUUGUGUCUGCCUUCCUACUUUUCCUUGCUUUCAACAUAUGUAUGUUAGAAUUUUAGGUAGUCUGAAAAUCCGUAUUUAGAAUCUUACCUGUUUCUAUAAUAAUAAAAUACCAAAGUAGUGAUAGAAUUGAAGUAGCAGGAAAAUUGUUUGUUUUAGCAUCAAAAAAGUGAAUCAGUGCUGAAAUGAAUUUUUGUAUGUGCCAGAUUGAAGAGUGAACCAGUGAUAAGAAUAGUCUAAAAAUAUAAUUAAAAUGGUUGCAGUUUAAAUAUGUUCUGAAAGACAAUCUCUAAAGAAUUGAGAGAAAUCAGGGGAUAUCAGCGAACCUAGACCACCCCUUUCUAUAUAUAAAUAUGGUGAUAUAGUUAGAUAUAAAAAUCAGUGUCUUACUGGCACCAUUUGCAAUUUAGAAAACAGAAUCUUUUUCUUAAAAAUGCCCGUCCUGAUUUUUUUCUAUUUUAAGAGCAACUUGGAUUUGUAUGUAUUUUUCUAUGCGAAAUACAUGUACUCUUCAUUUUUAUUCCAGUGUUCGUAAUUGUUUAUGUGCUGUUUCUCCCCUUUGCAUUCAGUGAAAUAGAACUUGGUCAAAGAUUUGCCCUAAGGAGAGAAGCAUUACAUGAGUGUGAAAGUGGAGUGCUCAUUGCCAGAGCAAGAGAUUACAUGUUAUCUUGGCACAGAAGAGAAGAAAUUGGAGGGCAAUAAUGUUUAUUAUCCUUCUUGAAUUAAUGAUUGGGGACCAGCAGCUCUUUUCUCAGGAUAAAUGGUCCACCCAACUUCUGGGGAGGCUUAGUUUCCAUUUCAUAUUUAUGAACCUCUCCACAGAGUAAUUUUUUUUUAAUGAAGAUUAAGGGAAUUGGUAAAAAUCUGAGAAAAAUCGUGAGUGAGUUGUUUUGUUUUUUUUUUUCCUGGCUUCACCUUUCGAUAAGAAAAAUGUUAAAUGUAGUGCAGGUAAGACCCAACUACUGCAUUACUGUUAUAGGGCGAGUCUAUGUUUUUGUUAAAGUAUUCAAAAAAUAUUUAAGCAGUAGCUUUCCCUGGGGGAAAGAGUGCUGGUUGGCAACUUAAAGAAAUAGAUUUUUGUCUACUUUGGAUAAAGCAAUUAACUUCUUAUGUGAAAGCAAUAGUUGAAAUGCGAUGUCAUUUUGUUUGGAAUGUUGUGAGCAAAUAAAAACAUGUUGAAAUUGUUAUAA